AUGCAAUACACAGAUUCUGUUAUAUCUAAUCCUGUUCGCUUUUGGUUAUUGCUCAUUGCAAUGGUUCCAUCUGUUGCUUGCUCAAUUGCUAUCCUUUAUUACACUCUUUCUAGUCGAACGCGGCGUCGUGGGAUUCAUAAUCAUUUUAUCAUUCUCCUAUUAUGCAAUAAUUUGAUCUAUGAACUGAUAGAUAUAUCAUUAUUUCUCAAUUAUUAUCGCUCAGGUACUGUCGUGCCUGCUACAAAAAGUUUAUGUCUCAUGUGGAUGUUCGUCGAUGAAACACUAUAUAAUGUUUCGACUGUGACCAUAGCUUGGGCAUCGAUUGAAAGACAUAUAAUCAUCUUUCAUGAUAAAUGGUUAUCUAGUGUCAAAAAGCGUUUUCUCCUUCAUUAUGCUCCUUACGCAAUCGUCAUAACCUAUACCAUAUUGUUUCAUUUUGUUAUUAUCGUAAUUCCACCAUGUGAAAAUACUUACAAUUAUACGCAAGAGAUAUGUGGACAUCCCCUGUGUUCACACAAUUCGAAGUUGGUCGGUACGUGGGAUAGCGUUGUACAUAAUAUUAUACCAGCUAUAACAAUUGUGAUUUUUAGCAUUAGCCUUCUUGCACGAGUUCUAAUUAAAAAUCAUCGCAUGCGUAGAGCUUUUCAAUGGCGAAAGCAUCGAAAGAUUGCAAUUCAAUUAUUGUUAAUUUCUUUCCUCUAUUUGUUGCUUUAUAUUCCAAUCAUUUGUAUUGAACUGGUACAAUUGUGCUGUGUAUCUGAAGAACUCAAUGGUCCUUUCGAACAAUAUGCACAUUUUUUUUCUUAUUACGUCAUAUUGCUGCUUCCCUUUGUCUACAUGGGUUCGUUGAUCGAAAGUUCAUGGCAACUAAAAAUGCUUUUGCCGUGUUGGUUCCGAGCAACACAAGUGGUUGAACCUAUGGCGAUGACUACGGGACAUUUCACGGCAAGAAAUCCAAAUUGA